ACGAGCUCUUCUCAAAUCUACAAACCUCAGCAAACGGCUACUAUCAUACGUACUCGAAAGCUCUUUGAAACAUAGAAAAAAUGGGUUCCGUUGUUCUUCCCCAUCUCAACACCGGCUGGCACGUCGACCAAGCCAUCCUCUCAGAGGAAGACCGUCUCGUCGUCAUUCGCUUCGGCCGUGACUGGGAUCCAGACUGCAUGCGCCAAGAUGAAGUCCUUUACAAGAUCGCCGACAAGGUCCGCAACUUCGCCGUUAUAUACCUCUGCGACAUCGACCAGGUCCCCGACUUCAACCAGAUGUACGAACUCUACGACCCGUGCUCCCUCAUGUUCUUCUUCCGAAACAAGCACAUGAUGAUUGAUCUGGGUACCGGUGACAACAACAAGAUCAAGUGGGUUCUUGAGGACAAGCAGGAGCUCAUUGACAUUUUCGAGACGGUGUACCGAGGUGCCAAGAAGGGACGUGGUCUGGUCGUCAGUCCCAAGGACUACUCCACUCGACACAGGUAUUAGCUACGAGCCGGAAACCUUUUGGACUUUUGGGCGCGGAUUCGGAGUUGGACUUGUUUGUUUUAUUGAGGGGUUGCUAAUCAUGACUUUUGUCACAACAACGGAGGGUAGGAAAG